UCCAGCUUUGCAUAACAGAGUCUGGAGUGGAGCGCUGGGACAGGGAGAAUGCCCCCCCCCCCUCCUCACUGGAUCAGGUUACCCGGGGGGUGAAACCAGACCCCGGGGUCACCCUCCCGCUCGCCAGAGAUCCAAUAAACAGCCGGCAGGGAAGGCAGGUGAGGAGAUCAGUGAGCAAGAACCGAAGACGAGUGACGGGUCUGAACCAGAAACCAGGAACGAGGGAGGAGGCCCGGGACACUAUGCCUGAGGCCUGCUAUACCUGACUGCCUGCCAGUCUGUCUCUAUGUCUUUCUCUCAAUGUGUGCCUGCCUGUCUGUACCUCACAGUUCCAGUUCAGAAGGGCAAGCAGGUUUGAUCGGGUCAGAUCAGGCUUGUUUCUCUCCUUGUCUCUGGGACUCUGAGCUGCAGUCUUACCUCAGCUUUUUCAAGCAGUCAACUACAGUUCAAAACUACCUUUUUUACUGAGCCACUCAAACAACGUGUCAGACUCAGACUCUCUUUCUGGAUGUUGUUGUCCUGUUUGCUACUCUGAAGCAGCAGAGCUGGAAAAGAGGAGAGGAGAUAAUGUGGAUCUUGGAUUCUGUGUGAGCUGCACUGAACUCUGUGGAUCACUCUUGAAAGAACACACCUGUAAAUAAAUAUAUUUUAAUAUAAUUUAAAUAAAAAAAACAAUUUGGUUCCUGGAGUCUAUGAGCUACAAGCAGAAAACAAACAAGCUAACCCUGGACUCUGUGGAUCAAAGAAGAAACAGAAGAAACCAAACAGCCCCCCCCCCCCUCGUACCCUGGAGCCCGCAAUGUCCCCCCCGCCAUUCACUCUGGAGCAGGUGGUCUGCGUGUGCGAGGUGCUGCAGAGAGGGGGCAGUAUGGAGCAGCUGGGGCACUUCCUGUGCUCCCUGCCGGCCUGUGAUUGGCUGCAGCAUGAUGAGAGCGUGCUGAAGGCGCGGGCUCUGCUGGCGUUUCACUGCGCGGAGUUCGGGGAGCUGUACCGUCUGCUGCAGAGUCGGCCCUUCUCCCCCCACAGCCACCCCGCCCUGCAGCAGCUGUGGUUCCGAGCGCACUACCUGCAGGCAGAGAGGCUGAGGGGCCGACCCCUGGGGGCCGUCGGCAAGUACCGCGUGCGCAGGAAGCACCCCCUGCCCCUCACCAUCUGGGACGGGGAGGAGACCAGCUACUGCUUCAAGGAGAGAUCACGCAGUGUCCUGAGGGAGUGCUACUCUCUGAACCCCUACCCCUCCCCGAGAGAGAAGCGCGAGCUGGCCGGAGUCACGGGGCUGACCGCCACACAGGUCAGCAACUGGUUCAAGAACCGGCGGCAGAGAGACCGGGCUGCCGAAGGCAGAGACAGGGAGGGGUGUGAGAGAGGGGCGUACCCGCUGGGCUCCCCUGGGAGGGGGGGGGGGUACCCCAGCUCAGACGAGGAGCUCCCUCGCCACCCGCCUCUCCUAGGGGGUGCUGACGGGGGGCACGGCCACACAGCGCUCACAGGAUGAAGGAGCUGGAACGAAGAAGGAAACACUUCAUUUUACAAACGUUUUCACAAAGUUUUUUUCUAGUCAAAGCGUUUAUUCAAAGAUGAUCUCCUGUUACAUUGUUAGUAGAGGGUGCUGACACUCGGAAUUGCCUUUAAGAAGUAUUUAGUGUCCAAUACUAAACAAAUCCAUUCAUUAACGUGUUCAUUUCAAAACAAGAAAAGCUGUCCUUCCCUCUGUUUACAACUGCGCACCAAUCAAUGGUAAUUAACUGAGUUCUUUAAAAGCCGACUGGAAGCCAAUUUUCCUCUCAUCCUGGGCGCUGACAUCUUCACUGCCAAAAUAUUCUUCCAAUCGCUUUUUAAAACAUUGAAAUCAACACAAUAAUUAACAUAUUUGUUUAAUACCUGCUGAUAAAUUCUUAAAAGCGAUUAGGAGUACCAGCAUCAGAACACUCAUUCUGUUUUGCUUAAGUUUUAUUUCAAACAGACGUGACAAAUUAGGUUAAUUGCUCAUCGCUGAUCCUCAUUUCAUUCUUGCAGUCACCCAGUUUAUUGUUAUUAUUUAUUUCUUAGCAGACGCCCUUAUCCAGGGCGACUUACAAUUGUUACAAGAUAUCACAUUAUACAGAUAACACAAUAUUUUUAUAUACAAUUACCCAUUUAUACAGUUUUUACUGGAGCAAUCUAGGUAAAGUACCUUGCUCAAGGGUACAGCAGCAGUGUCCCCCACGUGGGAUUGAACCCCCAACCUGCCGGUCAAGAGUCCAGAGCCCUAACCACUACUCCACACUGCUUUUGUUAUUUUUACUCGUUUAACAAAGUUGUCCCAACAUAUUUUCUAUUCAGCAUAAAAUACCCAGUACAGAGUGUACACUGAUAUAGCAAGUCCAGCAUUUAAAAUCUUCUUGAUUUAUAGCAAAGAAAAGAAAUAUCUUAACCCCAGUCUUUAAUUAGUAGUUGUCUCUUUAUUACGAUGCAGAGACAGCUUAACAACGACUAAUUAACAUUUAAAGGGAGGUAGAGAUUUGGAAAAUAAAAACUGCAAAGUUCAAGCCCCAGUUAUACCUUAUAAUACAUGUGCAGUACAGCCUACCAGCAUCGCUUGGGACCGGAGAAUUGUGCCGGAUUAUAUAUAAUAUGUGCAGUUUACAGAGGUACUGGAAAAUCUAAUACUGUACCUAAACAAAAUGAAAGUAGAAAUGAGCCGGUGUUCUGGAAUCAUGCCGGAUUCUAGAAUAGCCAGGUUCCGGAUUGUAGAGUGGAUCAUUCCGUUCAUUUCAAUAGGGGUGUGAUUGGUCUGUAGAGGGGCUGGAUUAGACAGGGUUUGCUGUGUGUUUUUUUACAGUCCUGGGCAGGGCAGGAUCUGUUGAAAUGCUAACAUAUCUUAAAGAACCUCUCUUUGUCAGAACUGAGGAUGAGGAAAACCUAUAGAGACGUAUCCAGAAUCAAUCAGGGGCAUAAAAGUGUGUGUUUGUUUGUAAAAAAAAAACAACUCAUUGACCAUCCAGUGUGCUGUGGAGAACGAUAAUAAAACAACGAUGAAAACAC